AUGGUGCUUUCUGGAUUCACCCUCAAUGAUGCCAUCCUCCUUUUUGCCUUCUUUUAUUCUUCUUCUGACGUCUUUGUCGAGUGGGACUCAUUCGCAAGCUGCGCAAAGCCGAUUCACUAUUGGCUUUUGGGUUCCUAUGUCGCGUUGAUCGCCUUCAGGCUGUCUCACUACCUUGGACAGUACCUGUCUGAUGAUGGAGAUGAGGAUUUUAUCCUAUAUCGUCAGAGGGGACCUCCUUUUUGGGUGAAUGUGCUCAUUCUGGGCGUUCUGUUUCCUUGUUUCUUCGGUUGGACGAUCUUAGGCACAUUCUGGUUCCUUGAAGUUCGAGAUAAAACGCCAUACUGUCUUCCCCGGGAGAGCCACCCUUGGUUCUUCGCCUUUUGGUUGGGGCUGUGUUAUAUUUGGAUCCUGAUAUACAUAAUCUUCAUCGGUAUAGCGGCAGUUUUCGAGUAUCGCGCACGCAGAAUAGAGGCAGACCUUCGCAUCCUUCAAAAUGAAGACAUGAUUCGGCGGUGGGGACGCCUCCGACUUUUCUCCCAAUAUGGAAUUUAUAUUUUCCGUCGCGGACUGACGACAGAACAAAUUAGGAAGCUGCCCUCACACAAGCUAACCUGUGGUCCUAUCGACUUGACGCCGUGUUCGAUUUGCCUGGAGGAGUUUGUCAGAAAUGACUGCGUCCGUGUUCUACAGCCUUGUGGCCACAUAUUCCACAAAAGCUGCAUCGAUAUUUGGCUGUUGCGCAACGCUGUUUGCCCCAAUUGCAAAUCACCCAUAUGCGCCAGCGCAGCCUGCCCUCGUAUGCCAGAGGAGGAACCUGCUAGCGAUGCAGAAACAUGCACCACAACACCUGGGCGAUCACACCCUACAAGUGAGUGCUAG